UGCUUAUUUGCUCAGAGAUGCUCAGCACAAAAGGAAUUGUCUGGCCAGCGUUGAAUUUAGAAAUUAUCUUAAUCCACGUCUGCUGAUGUUUGAUGCUCUUUGCACUCUUAGAAGGGAUAAACACCCCUCUCCGAAGGGUUGCUUAAUCUCUCCAACCAGAUAAAAGCAAGAGGACGCCAAGUUUGCAGGGCUUCGUUUUUGUUAUUGCAACCCGAAAGAUGCAGGGCUUCAUUUGCGCAUGCGCAAGGAUCCAAGCUCGAGCGCUCGGUAAACCGCCUAGCGGCGGGGAUGUUCCUUCUGCGCAGGCGCAAGGCGGCAAACCGAAGGCCCGUUUUUCUGAAAUUAUGGCGGGUCCCGCCGCUUGCUUGGCCGAGACGCGGGUGGGGCAGGUGGUAAUGCCGGGGGAAGCGUUGAUCUUGCCCGGCCAGGGCGAAGCGGACGGCGAGCGGCUGCGUCUGACUACGAGCGGGCCGCAGAAGGGGCGGCUGAUUUGCGGGCCCGGGUUGAGACGCGGCGCCGACGGCCUGCUAGUCACCAAAUGCGGCCUGUUGCGCUACCGCGGCCAUUCCGCCCAGACCGGAAGUGGGAGCGGAAGUAGUUCCGGGGGAACCUAUUGGGUGGACUCACAACAGAAGCGGUAUGUCCCAGUGAAGGGAGAUCACGUGAUCGGCAUAGUGACGGCCAAAGCUGGGGACAUAUUCAAACUGGAUGUUGGAGGCAGCGAGCAUGCCUCUCUCUCUUACUUGGCGUUUGAAGGAGCCACCAAAAGGAACAGGCCGAAUGUGCAGGUGGGUGACCUUAUUUAUGGCCAAUUUAUCGUGGCCAAUAAAGAUAUGGAACCCGAGAUGGUCUGCAUAGACAGCAGCAGCCGGGCGAACGGCAUGGGAAUCAUAGGACAGGAUGGCUUUUUAUUCAAGGUCUCGCUAGGCCUGAUAAGAAAACUCUUGGCUCCAGAUUGUGAAAUCAUGUCGGAUUUGGGACAGCUUUAUCCUUUUGAGCUAGUGUUAGGAAUGAAUGGAAGAAUCUGGGUAAAAGCCAAAACAAUUCAACAGACUUUAAUAAUAGCAAAUGUUCUGGAGGCUUGUGAGCACAUGACAGCUGAACAGAGGAAAUGUGUAAUUGUAAAAUUGUUAGAAAACUAACUAUUUAGUUUAGGGGAGAGGAUGAGGAUAAUGAUGCGUGAUAAAUUUCCAGAGAGAGAAAGAGAGAAUGCUGCAUAUUUAAAUAUUUUAUAGAUAUAAGAUAAAUACAAACUAGAGCUGUUAAUUCUGUGUAUUUUUGGGGGUUGUUGUUUCUUGUACUGUUUAUUUUUCAAAUGGGAAGUUCUGUAGUUAGUAGUGGACUUUUUGUAAAGAUUCCCAAACUGCAGUCCUGUAAAUGUUGGUUGAAGAUUUAAAAAAGGAAAUACUUGCUAUUUUUUAACUUGAUCUUCAUUUCAUUUUAUUUGCAAAUAUGUACAGACUUUUUCACGAGGAAUUUUUUAAUUCACUGAGAUGUAUGUACAUGCAUCAUGGGCAUAAGACUGAGUUGGAUUUUUAUUCUGAAAACUGGAUGCUGAAAAAACGAAA